AUGAAGUGCAUUGGACACAUUCGCUCAACUGCAGUCACACCAGGGAAUAUCGCAUGUGUUGAGAACCGGCGAGUAACAGUGCAUGAUAUUGCUGCCAAGGUAAAUAUCAGUGUCAGGAGUUUUGAGGCGAUCAUUCAUAACCACUUAUGCUUCUGCAAAAUCUGUGCAAGGUGGGUUCCCUGCCAGCUGACAUUAAAUCAGAAGUUGGCACGCAUGACAGUCUGUAAACAGCUUCUGAAUUGGUUUCGAGCCAAAGGUGAUGAAUUGUUGCAACCCAUCAUCACGUGUGAUAAAAUAUGUUUGAACAAUUCAACCCUAGAGAUCAAAAGAAGCAGCAUGGAGUGGCGGCAUAAAGGUUCCCCACCACCCAAGAAAAGUAAAAUGCAGCCGUCCGCUGGAAGGUCAUGGCAGUCUUCUGGGACAUAA